AUGAAUAACGGUGAGAUCAGUGGGCCAAGAGGUAGAGGCCGCGGAUGGCAGCAACCCGAAAAUCAACCACGGGAGCUCCGGCGGCCUAGGAUUGUUACUGAGGACCCAAAAGUUACAGCCGAACCUCCCAAAUCUACAUUGUCCGCUGAUGCCAAGGAAUGGUAUCCACCUAACUACACUCCACAUGCCGUGCCCACGUACCACCUAGACCCUGCGCCAUAUCGACCACCCCGAUUUUCUGUGCAAGACCGACUUCGUCAGGCUCAAGAUCAAGACCCAUACAGCCUUGAGGAAAUGUCUUAUUCACUAGAAGAAGUUGAAAAUACAGAUUUGAGGGAAAACAUAGCCAACUUGAUAGCAGUCAUGUGUGAGAUAACAUUUGAUCCUGGCAAGUUUGAUACAUUGUGUGGCCCCCUGGUUGAUGCCUUCGCAUCCACCCUGCAUGAUGUCAGCUACACUAGGCCUCUAGUUGAAGCUAUUGUAAAUCAGUCAAUAGGCGAGCCUAACUUCCGCUAUAACGGUGCGCGACUUUGUUCAAUGUACGAUUCUGUGUCGCCGCCGGAGGAGUCAACUUUCCGUGCGUGCUUAUUGGAGCGGUGUUCCACUGAGGAGAACAAGAUUAUUAGUGGUCUGGAGACUUCAGAAGAAAACAUGCGUGGUUUUGCCAUGUUUCUUGCUGAGAUUUAUACCCAACUGGAGGAUAGCCAGGGAGGAAGAGUGAAGUCUUUGGGAGAAAGUUUGUGCAAAGUGCUACUGCACUUGCUUGACACUGACAAAGAAGUGAAUAUCAAGGCUGUAUGUCAACUCUUAAAGCUGUCGGGUAUCGCUCUCGACGCAGACUGUCCGUCCGGCAUGCACGCGGCCUUCGAGCGACUGAAGCGGCGUGGCGGGCUGCCGUGCGUGCGGACCGUCGUGGCCCUUCGCGCCGCUCGCUGGGGUCUGGCCGAGCCCGAGCCGCCCGUGCAGCCGCCGCCCGACCUGCGCCGACGCAUCCUUUACGUGAACGGCGAAGUAGAGAGCGGCUCCAGCGACGGCGGCUACCUGGCGGAUGGACACACGCUCACAGCCGAGGAGCGCGCCUUCCUGCAGAGCAACCUGCCGCCCGGCAAGAACGUCGCCUUGGACGAAGACAUACUGGAAGAGCUGGAGAACGACGCUUGGGACACUGGUAUGGACGCCGAAAUGCAAGCCGGCUUCCUCGAGUUUCUCAAGAUGUCCAAUCAAAUUAAGCGAUAA